UUUAAUUUUUAUUUAGUUUGCUUUUUACUACAAACAUGGCGGCCAAACUGCCAGAUGAAAGAUGGUAUUUCACCAAAGAGGAACUAAAUAAAACACCAUCAAUUAUAGCCGGUUUAUCUUAUGAAAAAGAACUAAUGUAUAGGCAACAAUGCGCUAAUGUGAUUCAAGAUAUGGGUCAAAAAUUAUCAGUGAAUCAAUUGUGCAUUAGUACUGCAAUAGUGUACAUGCAUCGAUUCUAUAUGCUGCAUUCAUUUACACUCUUCUCAAGACAUUGUAUAGCUGCUUGUUCUUUGUUCCUUGCAGCCAAAGUUGAAGAACAAUUUAGAAAAGUUGAUCAUGUUGUGAAAGUUUUAUAUGCCUGUCAAUUUAAAGAGAAAACUCAACCUAUUGAUGUUAAUUGUGAUCUCUAUCAAAAUUUGGCCACUGAGCUGAUUACCAAUGAAAGCAUUAUGUUGCAAACAUUAGGUUUUGAUAUAACAAUUGAUCAUCCCCAUUCUCAUGUGGUAAAAUGUUGCCAAUUAAUAAGAGCGCCCAAAGAUUUAGCUCAAGUAAGCUACAUAAUGGCCACCAACAGUUUACACCUAACUUUAUUAUGCCUGCAAUAUAAACCAUCAGUUGUAGCAUGUGUUUGCAUUUACAUUGCUUGCAAAUGGUCGAACUGGGAGAUCCCUCGCUCCACAGAGGGCAAGGAAUGGUUCUGGUACAUAGACAAAGACGUUACCUUACUUAUUAUACAAACUGCGAUGGAGGAGUUCAUGAAUAUAUACGCGAAAAGUCCUCAUAAGCUGAAGAUGAAAUUAUUCAAAAAGGAUGAAUCGACUGAGAAGAAAUCUAAAACUGAUCUAGUUGAAGAAGAUAUUCACAAUCCCACUAUGAAAAACAAGAUAAAUGAUGCCGCCAUGUUUAAAAUUUUGGCACGUGAGACCCUCAGUGCCCAUGAUGAUUCUAACCUAUUCUCUGCUAGCCUUAGCCUAGAAGAAGGAGAAAUAUCAUCUGCAUUCGAGUUCAACAUAACGUGCAAAUCCAAAAACGAAUUAGCUUUACCCGCUAAGUCCAUCAAUACAAUUUUGGAACAAACCAAAAAUAGCUCAUUACUCAACUUGUCUAAUCAAAAUAACGUGCCAAUUCCUAAACACCCGGACACCAAUAGCGGCAAUACCAGUUCCACAGCAGUCGAUUUGCUGGGCCAAACUCUCAACGAUAUACAGAACCAUAUGCUUUUUGGUCAACAAAAUGGCCCUUCAUCAAAAUCAUCAAAUAAAUCCCAGCAUAACCAUGAAAUGGAAAGUAAGAAGAAAUCGAAUUACUCAUCAGAUGAGGCCAUAAACACUGGUCGGCAUUCAUCCUCCCAAAACAAAUCUCACAAACAUUGUAGAGAGAAGCACAAGCAUCACCAUAACCAUUCCAGACCUCACGACAAUCUGAAAGAAUCAGACCUGGACGAUAAAGGUGAAGGAGCCUCUUUAGAUACUUGCAAAUACUGUGAUCACUAUCGCGAUAAAAAGGCCAAAAAAAUGCGGAAAAAUUCUAGCAGUGACCCCGAUAGCAAAAAGGACGUAAAAGAAAAUGAAACACAUAGUGCAGUAACAAAACACGAGAAAGAAGAUCACAUUGCACGUGAUAACGGUCUUUUCCUCGAUCAACCAUUACCCCCUUCAUCCUCUCCUACCCUCGCCUUUUUGGAGGAACAGAAGGCUAGACUGGAAAUAAACCUCAAAAAAUUAAAACCACCCUUAUUACCUCUAUCCCCUUUGCCGUCUCCUUCAAGUGAACCAUCUCCUUCCCAAGUUACGAAUCCCGGUAUCGUUGCUAAAGAUGUCUACCUUUCAUCUACAUUCGUUAAUAAUAAUAAUUUUUUUUGAUAUAAUAUCGUCAUCUUGUAUUCGAUCGUUGCAUUAUCCUUCGAGAGUCAUGUUUGUUUACGAGUAUCAAAUAACUUAUAAGCACGUAUUUACCCAGUUUUUGUGAUAUAAUAAUUUUUUCCCAUUUUUAAUCAUGUUUUAAAUUAAUAACGAAUAUAAAAGAAUUUCGCGCCCACUCAGUCUUGAGUGUACUAAGGAAUCGAAUCCCAUUUCCCAGGGAUUUUCUGUAAAAUUCGAGCAUACUAAACCAUAUGACAUAUUUAUAUUUUUUAUACAUAUCCUCUUUAUAUAAGAGAGGGAAAAAAAUUAUUACCUCAAAUAUAUAAAAAACACAUUGUAAAUAUUUAAAUUUAAAAAAAUAUAUAAUUUGUAUGUAUAUAAAGUGACUU